AUGAAGUCAGGGCACUUGGAUAUCAAUCAUACUCAAGGAGAACAGACGGCUCUCUGGGUAUUUGGAAAUACGGCAGCAAAGAUUUUUAAUAAAGAGGGAUUCCAUGUUUUUUGCCAUCUGACUGAAACAAGAGCAAAGGAGUUAAAAGCUGUGGCCUCAAAGCAGCUUCAAACAGUGCUGCUAGAUGUGAGAGAUUUAGUGUUAAAAACGUGGGUGCAUGGGUCAAAGAUGAAGUUCAGCCAGAAGGUGAGUCCCGGGAUAUCUGUCUUAAAAGAAAAAACAAGAGUUUUCCUAAAAAUACCAUGCUACAUUCACAGCUUAGGGUCAGGAAGGGUCAUUGGUUUUGCUUGUUUUUUUGUUUUUUUUUCUUUUAUGAUAGAGACGCAGCAUUUUGGAGUGAAAGUAUGCAUUGUUGAGCGUGGUGUCUUUAAGGCAGGAAUAGUUAAUUCAGAUGUCAUCAACACAUACCUCUUAAAACAUUUGAAGGGACUGACUCCUGAGAUCGGGAACUCCUACAGAGAAAAAUACUUUGUUGAAUUCCUGAUAGCAAAGCACCCCAGGACACAAUACAGAGCGGAUGCAAAGUUCUUUUGGCUAUUUCUCUCCUAA